AUGUCUGUAUCAGAUAGACCUCAACAGUAUAAACAAUCUUCUAGAAAGGGAAAGAAAGCAUGGAGAAAAAAUAUUGAUUUGACAGAUAUUGAAAAAUCCAUUGAAAAGAAAAUUGAUUUGGAGAUAACACAUGGUACAAAAGAUAUAGCAGAACUGGAUGACCAAUCUUUAUUCCGAGUUGAUACUGAAGGUGAUGAGAUCUUAAAAUCAAAAUUGAUUAAAAGAAAGCAAAUUAAAAAGAACUUGAAGAGUUCUGAAAUUUUAGAUUCUAUUAAAAGUAAAUCUAAAGUUGAUGCGCUUUUGCAUCCAUUACACAGUUCUGCUGAAAAAAUUACUAAAAAUAAAAAAAGUGUUCAAGGGGUCUCUAAGAAAGAAUUGAAUAAAUUGAUGGCAUUAGCUGGUAAACGAAUUGGUGAAUCUAAGUUGAAAAAUAGAAUCGACAAGGAAGGUUUGGUUAAGUCAGAUCCACACGAUAUAUGGAAUGAUAACGACUCUUCUGUUAUUGUUAGCAAAAAGAAAGUAGUGUCUCGUUCUGGUAUUGUAGUGAAAUCUCCUGAACCAGUAUUUAAAGAUCUUAUAGACAAAUCCACAACUGGUUGGUCAGUAGCUACAGUAGUUCCAGAUACUUUAAAACAAAAACCUAUUCAAAUUAGAGAAGUAGAAACUAUUCCACAUGCAGGUAAAUCAUAUAAUCCAUCUAAAAAAGAAUGGUCUGCUUUAAUAGAAAGGGAAUAUAAUAUUGAGAAAGUGAAAGAAGAACAAAGAAUACAAAUGGAAGUUUAUAGGGAAAAGAUUAAACAUUUAAUGGAAACUCUUGACGAUAAUGAGGAGGAAGAUGAAGAGGAUGAUGAUGAAGAUGAAGAGCUAGAUGAUUCUGUUGAUCAAAAUAAUGAGGAGGACUUAACCAAAUUAUCUGUGAAUGCGCCAACUAAGAAUAAAAAGAAAACUAAGUAUCAAAGAAAUAAAGCAAAGAGACAUGAAGAGAAAGUAAGAUUGCAUCAAGAACUGAAAAAACUAAGGAAGCAGUUACAUGAGUUAGAAAAGGUUGAAGAAUAUAGUGAAGAACUUGAAAAAUCAAUGGCAACCAUUGGCUCUUCAAUUGAAAAGAUAGAAGGAAAAAGAAAGCAUAAUAGGAACAAAUUAGGUACAAAAUAUGGGGUCCUAGAAGAAAGAUUAGAGAUUAAAUUCAGUGAUGAAUUAUCUGACUCAUUAAGAAAAUUAAAACCGGAAGGUAAUCUUCUGUACGAUAAUGUGAGAAAACUACAAAGCUCAGGCAAAAUUGAGUCACGUAUUCCAAUUACCAGAAGAAAGGGUAAAAAGAAGGUUACUGAAAAAUGGGCUUACAAAGAUUUUAAAUAA